AAACCCCAGUCCUAAACAUGGAGCUCUCCACCAAGAGGCAAGUGCUCUUUGUAAGCAGUGAUGAAGGGGUCGUCCAGCUUCCUGUGCAGAGGUGUGAGCUGUACGGUAAAGCGUGUGUAGACUGCUGUCUAGCUCGUGACCCAUACUGCGCUUGGGACGGGUCCUCCUGUACUAACUACUUCCCUAGCAACAAAAGGCAUGCCCGGAGACAGGAUGUGAGGUAUGGAGACCCCUGGAGCCAGUGUCAGGACAUGAGAGACGAGAAUGCUGAACUGAAGACAGUUUACGCUGUGGAGACAAACUCAACCUUCCUGGAAUGUGUCCCACGUUCACCACAAGCCAUGAUCAAGUGGAUAAUUCAGCCAAACCACAGCCAAAGCAGCAAAGAGUUGGUUCCAGGUGAAGAAAAUCUCAUCCACAUGCAACGCGGGCUCCUCCUCCAGCACUUAGCAUUCGCUAAUGCUGGCCUGUACCUCUGCGUAGCCUACGAACACUCAUUUUCCCGCACGCUAGCCCGCUACGAGGUCCACGUUAUCCCCCAGAACCACAUGUCGAGAGUGCAGAACACCCAUCCCGGAAAUCACGCAACCUCGCCACGGGCCUACAAGGAACUCCAUCUAAUGGGAGUUAGCGAGCUAACGUCUGAUGAGUACUGUGAACAUCUUUGGUACCGCGAAAAACGACGACAGCAAAAACUACGCUCGCUAAA